GCGUGUGGGCACCGCUCUCCGGCUUCUCCUCUCCCUCCCUUCCUUCCACCUUUCUCUCUCCUCUUUUGUCUUCCCGGUCACCCCGUCCCCUUCUGACCGGUCUUCGUCUCGGGCACGCGUUCGGUCUUCGGCUCCCCUGGUUCUCCGGCAGCUCCCGUUCUCGCCAUGAUGCUCCCCGUCCGUCCUCCCGCUGCCUUGCCACCCUGCUGCACUCCCCGCAUCGGUCCCACAGUUUCUGCCCCCUCCCUGCCUCCCUCCCGGCCCGCCCCCUGUGUCUCCCAGCCCUGCUCUGACGUGGGAGGGGGGGGGCUGGGGGCUGGAUGACUCACAGUGUUAUGAGGCAGCUCCACAACAUACAGCCACAUUCACCCACAGACAGAGCCCGAGCAGGAGAGACCCCCCCACUCCCCACCCCCGGGUCCCCGGCGCUCCAUCGGGCCCCCUGCCGGCGUGCCCCGGGCCCAGGCCCUUUGGGACCCACAUCCCCUUCCCGAUCGAAGGCGGAAAAAAAAAUAAAGGAAGAGAGAAGAGUGAGAGACAUAUACAUACGGAGAUCUCUGGAGCAGACCUCAAGGUGACCUUCAUUUCUACCUGGUUCUCGUCUGGGGGGGCCCUGGUUGGGCAGCCCCCCCACAUUUCUCCUGCCCUGAAACACGGCUCUAGCCAACCUGCUUCGCUGCUUCACCUGCGAUCGCCUGUGUGGGGGCUGCACCGCGCCAGCCCCCCCAGCCCGGCAGGGCAUUGCCCUCCAGCCCGUCAUGCCCAGCUGCGAGCCUGGCCCGGGCCCUGCCUGCCUCCCCACCAAGACCUUCCGCAGUUACCUGCCCCGGUGUCAUCGCACAUACAGCUGUGUUCACUGCCGGGCGCACCUGGCCAAGCACGAUGAGCUCAUCUCCAAGUCCUUCCAGGGGAGCCAUGGCCGGGCCUACCUGUUUAACUCUGUGGUCAACGUGGGUUGUGGGCCAGCUGAACAGCGCCUCCUGCUCACUGGCCUCCACUCUGUGGCUGACAUCUUCUGUGAGAGCUGCAAAACCACCUUGGGCUGGAAAUAUGAGCAAGCCUUUGAGACGAGCCAGAAGUACAAAGAGGGAAAAUACAUCAUUGAAAUGUCGCACAUGGUGAAGGACAACGGCUGGGACUGAGGGGCUCAGGCAGGACGCCCCAUCCGCAUGCCCCACACCCUGCCCCCAUACCUUGCCCCUGGCCUCGACAUGCUGUCCACCCUAGCACCAGUACUGUCCCAUCCCCGCCCCCUGGGGAAAACCCAGCUCUGUCUAGCCCCUCCACCCCGCCACAUCCCUACGGAGGUCCCCUUUGGAAAAGGGGUCUGGGCUGGUCUGGGCUAUCCUGGGGGGAUGCUCAAGGGACAGGGAUAACGGAUGGCAACGGGGGUAGAGAAAGCCGGGGCGAUGCUUCUGGCUCCAGAGCCCCCCAAUUCAGCUCCUUCUGCCGCUGGGCUGGUUAGAAGCUGGGAACCGGCGGGGCAGAGCCCCCCCUUGCAGUAGUGGGGGUUCAGAGAGGGCUCGGGCGAAGAGCGGCUGCUGAGGCAGGCAGGGCCUGGCCUGGGAUAGGCCCCAGGGAGUAGCCAGAGACGUCCUCCGGCUCUGGGAGAGCGGCUCGGAACGUGCCUGAAGCAGAAAGGCCCCGGGGGGCGGAGGAGACCUCAGUCCCAAGGAAGAGACGGAAGGAUCACGGGAUGUCCAUUUCACUCGGCCCCUGUCAGAGGCACUUUUGCAUAUAUAACCUUUGCCGUGGGGAUGGGGGAGGCUGCCCCCGUGACUUCCCUCCCCAGCUGGCUCGGUCGCCAGGGGGCACUGGGCCGGGCCCCCCACCAGUGCUCCCUGGGACUCAAGACAACUGGGGCCGAGGUGGGAAACCAGUGCCACAGGCGGGACUUUCCUGUGGCGGCCACCAGCGCACGAAACUUUUGUAUGAAAAAGUGUUUGAGUUUAUUUUUAAUAAAAAUGGGAAAAACA